AUGGAGUCCUACGGCGGCGGCGGCGGCGGCACGCGGACGUCGGCGUCCUCGCGGCGCCCCUGCACGUCGGUGCCCUCGCAGCGCCCCUACACGUCGGCGGUGACCUCCCGCGCCGGCUCCGGCGCCUUCGCGUACGACGGCAUGCGCGCCACGUCUCUGUCCACGUCCACGGCCAACCUCACGCGCUCCCUCCGCAAGACGGUCUCCUUCGCCCACAAGAUGCCGCCGCCCUCUAGCGCCGACGCGCCGCCACCGCGGCGCGCGCUGAGCAGCAAGGAGAACGGCGCGGCGUCGACGGAGGCGCUGCUGAUGUCGCCGCACCGCCGGUCGACAUGUCCCUGGGAGCCGACGACAAGGCGGCGGCGGAGCACCGGGACGGUGGAUGAGGCGGGGGGCGCGGGGAAGGGGUCGUCGUCGGCAUCGGGCGCGCUGCUGCGGGAGAUCAUGGCGCCGCGCAGGAAGGAGGAGCCGGAGAAGGAGGAGGCCGCGCACCGGGCACGCAUGCUGACGGCGCGGCUGCUGCAGUGGCGGUUCGCCAACGCCCGCAUGGAGAAGGCCAUGGCCCGCGCCACCUCCGCCGCCGAGAACAAGCUGUUCUACACGUGGCUGCGCGUGGCGGAGCUGCGCAACAUCCAGGCGGCGAAGCGGAUCGUGGCCCAGCGGCGGCGGCAGAAGCUAAAGCUGGCCCGGCUGCUCCGCCCGCAGCUCCCCCUGCUGGCCUCGUGGGAGCCCCUCGCCAAGCCGCACGCCGACGCCACCGCGGACCUCGGCCGCGUCCUCUCCGCGGUCUGCACCAGCGUGCCGUUGGCCGCCGGCGCUCGCGCCGACAUGGACGCGCUGCACGAAACCAUGUUCUCCUGCGUGGGCACCGUCAACGAGAUCGAAGCCAUCACCGACAUGUUGUACGCCACGGCCGGCGCGACGAGCGGCGCGCUGGGCGAGCUCGCGCGGACGAUCCAGCAGGAGAUGGAGUGCCUGGAGGAAGCGACGCGGCUGUCGAGCAUCGUCACCGGCUUGCAGAUGCAGGAGGUGAGCCUCCGGGCAAAUUUGAUGCAGGCAAAGCAGAGGAUUGACCCGGGGCCGAGGCUGGGGCGACGGGGACCGGCCACACCGGCGCUCGCAACAUCUGGUUGGUGUUUUUGA